ACAUGGAAAGCUGCAACAGGCUAUCGCUUCGCACAAUCUCCACAUUUUUGCUUUUUAUUCAAAUCAGUUUUAAUCAAUGCGGUGGAAAAACAGCUGAAGAAUGGAAAGGAAGGAUAAUAUAUCAGCUCCUGACGGAUCGGUUUGCCCCCUCUGGAGAUUUACCGCCCGAUAAAUGUGGUGAUUUAAGUAACUACUGCGGUGGCACGUUCAAAGGCAUUGAAAAGCACCUGGACUACAUAACGGGCCUGGGCGCUAAUGCUAUAUGGAUCUCACCUAUUGUGCAAAAUACCGAUAAAGGUUACCAUGGUUACUGGGCUCAGAACAUAUUUGAAAUAAAUCCGCACUUUGGAAGCCGAGAUGAUCUGAAAUCUCUAGUAACAGCUUGUCACGAGAGAGGAGUCUGGGUAAUGCUUGACCUUGUGGCCAACCACAUGGGUUACCCACCUGAAGCUAGUUUUAAUGAUCUUAUUCCUUUUAAUGAAUCUAGUCAUUACCACCCCAAACAUCCUUACAUAAAAUGGCCUCAAGAAUGUAAAGACCAGUGGAAGAUCGAGAACUACUGGCUGGCUGGCCUACCUGAUCUUGACCAAAAUAAUCCAUUUGUGGCCAAAACGCUCCUCGAAUGGAUUCAAGGUUUAACUGACGAGUUUGGCUUUGACGGUUAUCGCCUGGACACUGCCAUACAGGUUCCAAAGGCAUUCUGGGCAGAGUUUCGUAAAGCUGGAGGAGCGUUUAUGAUCGGGGAGGCAAAUAAUGGUCCUCCACCCUGUGGAUCUAUGGAUUAUGUGGCGGAAUACCAAGGAUAUAUUGACUCUGUGCUAGCUUAUCCAAUGUACUGGACCCUACGGAAAAUCUUCCAGGAAAAAUCAAAAGAUUUUACUGCCCUUAGUGCUGCUGUGAAGAGUUCCUAUACAAUUUACAAGGACAGAUCAGUCUUUGGAGGCUUUCUGGAUAACCACGACAAUCAAAGAUUCUUGAAUCUUAACCCAAGUCACACAUCACUGAAGAACGCUCUUGCAUUUGUGAUGAUGGGGGACUGGAUCCCAAUAGUGUACUACGGAACUGAACAAGGAUUUAACGGUGGCUCCGACCCAAAGAACCGUGAAUCUCUUUGGCCUUAUAUGUCCACCGCAAACCCACUGUACAAGUUUAUUCAGACACUUGCACAAUUCAGAAGAUCUCUUGGAAAUGAAUGGAUACACGAAAAACAGAUGGAGAGACACGUCCAGACUGAUGCUUACGCCUUCUCCAAAGGAAGCGCACUUAUUGUCAUAACCAACCUUGAUACAUCCAUUAAUAUUUCGAUCAGGGAUACCCCAUACCAACCGGGGGAUACUCUCGGAAAUAUUUUAAAUCCCUCGGAAACUUUAACUGUUUCUUCCGAUGGUUCCCUGUCGGUAACAUUAAGCUCGGGCCAGCCCCUUGUUCUUUACAAGAAAUAAACGCGGUUGGGUUGUGAGCGCUUAAGGACCUUGAUACCCAUAAAAUCAUUCAUUGUUACUGCUAAUUUCCCUUCAUAAAAAUUUUGGUUUAUUUCUGUUAAGCGAGAUUAAUCAAGCUAGUUUUUUUCAUUUUCUUCGAUUAGCCAAGGUCAUUGAGAUUUGGAAUAUAUUUGGUAACAAGAAAUGCAAGCUUGAAUUUGACGACAGGAAAUGAGAUUUUAAAGUUUAUUGCGCAAAAUAUGAUUUAUGUUUCACAGAUCACUUAUUAUUGUAACAGUGAUAAAUUUCAGUCUAUUUCGAUGUAAAAAGCUAAAUCGAGGGUGGCUUUUUUCUUCCAAUCCUUUGCUUAGUGGUAACUUUUUUUAUAAUCACAUCACUUAUAGACAAGCGAUCAUUGUAGAGGAGAUCUUGGCCAAAAUACAGAAUUGACACUUUUAGAUCUUUGAACAAUGAAUAUCUGUAGGGUGUUUAAACAAUUGAGACUAUCGGUUUACCGGUAUGAAAACUGAGGCGCGAAAGAAGGUUGAAGAACACGCUUGUAAUCGCCAGAGAGUGUACCCAUUGAUCUAAUAAAAUAGUUAAGGACUUCGCCAGUUCCCAGAGCUUUUCCUUUUGGUCAUAAUGCGCUGUCAACUUGAAUUAACCACAUAGUUGUUUCCGUAGACUUAAUUUGUUUUCGUAUUUCCCAUCUAUUUAUUCAUCAGUAGUUUUAAUUGUGUGAAUUUCCUAUUCUUUUACUGAUUAUCCUGGCCCGCCUCGAUUAGCACUGCUAUCUGCGGAGCCAGGGGAAUAAGGAUUUAUUGUUAUUGUUAUUGUUAAAUAAACGUGUAAACGCGUAACGUGU